AUGCCGGAGGGACAGCCUCCCAACGUCGCCAUUUCGAAUCAGCACGAGAAACCGGAUGACUUCUCCCUGCCCGAGUUCAGGGCGUUGGUUUCUGUCCUUCUGGGUCACAGGAUACAAUGGCAGAACAUUCUGGUCGAGCUAGCCAUUCCUUACGUCGACUUCCGCAAGGAUGAAACAAGCCUCGUUCUCUUCCAGGCCAUGUAUCAGGCAGGGCCGCCAAGCGAGGGGUCGGCUCUGAGGCAGGGGAACCACGCCUUGGACGAUGCUGGUUUCUCCCACGAGCUUCUGCAUCGACUUCGUGAGGCAGCGGGACGAAUCAAGCAAAACUGGGAGUCAUCUCAAGCUUUGUUUAGCUUCAUCUGUGUCGCCACCCGUGUCUUAUCUCUUUCAUCGGAUACAGAUGUACACGAAGCCUGUUUGCGGUUUCUUCUCGAGACGCGUCGCAUCGCCUUUGGCUGGCUGAAGCAGGUCCGCGCCGAGGCACAGUCAGCGACAGAGGAAGGCUUUCGUUUGGAACUGCUCGGCAAGACCGCAGAGAUCGCUCUCAUCUGUAUCGCAAGCUUCGGCAUCGACGAGCAUCAUCUUCAGGUGCUGUUGAAUAGCCCUGAGGACGCAUCGACGCUGAUACAGUGCUCCAUCAGUGCCCAGGAGUGCCUUCGACCGGAGGACCUCGAGACGCGUGGCUCACUCUUGUCGCUCAUGAUUUUCCGCUGGAAACGGGUCUGCCAUCGAGCUUCCCCAGUCCUCUCCCAGGUGCUCACGUCGGCGGAGAGUAGGACCGUACACAGGAAAAAGGAGUCGACACAGGAGAUGGCAACACACAGCGGAGAUGCGAGCAUACUUAAGAAAGAGGAGUUUACACAGGGUAUGGGAGGACACAGUGGGAAUGCCCUCGACGAUGCCAUCCUUCAGUCCUGGUCAGAGUACCACAAGGGAAGUCAGUGGAGGCCUCGAUCGAAGCCGAUGCAGCAUUGGCUGGAAACCGAGACGGCCACGAUCCAAGGCAGCUCGUUGGACGUGAACUUCAACCUCUUGACCGGAGAGCUGCUCGUCAAUGGACUUCCCCUAUCGCGACUUCCACCUGAGUAUGAACGUCAUCCAACCUACCGGCGUCUCUUCAGCAACACAAUUCUCUACGUCAUGCCAUCCAACAUGCCUGGAAUGCAGUUUGGACUUAAAUCAAAAGUCGCCGGCUACACCGUUUGCCUUGGGAUGCAGAUCCAAGAUCUCGUCAUAUCUGCCUGCGGGGAGAACGGAGUCACAUUUCAAAUCGUCCCUGCCCGACUUUUUGAGAGCCUCCUCCCCGAAUCGCUCGUCCAGGGCUGUACCCACUGGAUAUCUGGACUCUGUCGAGGGCAGAAUCCGGAGCUGGUUGGCAGCUUCGCAAGGGCCAGCGGCAGAUGGUCUCGCGCCGUUGGAACAUACCGCGCUCCACCCUUCAACGCCGACUCCAAGGAGGCCGGACCAUGCGGAAGGCCAAGGAACCCUUCCAACGCCUUUCCGUUGAGCAAGAAAGCUUUGUUGCUGACUGGAUUUGUACGGAAGAGAUAG